AUGGCAUUGGAUCCAGAUUAUGCAAUCACUCUCUUCUGGGAUGCGGAAAAUGCCACUGUUGAGCCUGAAAAGAUGGAAAGAUUGUUACCCAACAUUGAAGGCUCCUUUAAAAGGGCGGACCUGAGGUACCAUAUCGCUGACCUGAAGUUUUCAGUCUGUAACAAGGGUCAUGAUUUUAUCAAGAAGAAAGGAGCCUAUCUAAAGGAGAAUCAUUUCAUCAAGAUCGAUGUACCUUACCGCUACAGAAAGUGCCAAUACCCGGGUUGUAAAACAGUACUUCAGUUGCAUGAUGAUAAGAAGCCCUUCCAAAGAGCGUACGACGUGGGUGAUCGUCUUUUAGUGCAGCAAAUUAUGAAGCAGUCUCGGUCAUACUGA